CCACCGUCACCUCUCCUCUCGCUCUCUCGCUGGCCGUGCUCGCUCUCGCCGUCGUCGCGUCCGCCUGCUCCGCCACUUACCGGGGCUUCGCGAGUUCGCGACGCGGUCCGAGAGUCGCUCACAUAGGCACCCGGCCUCGGGCUUCGCGCGCUGACGACGCCCGACCGAGACCCCACGACCCCCGGAUCGCAGUGGCGCUCGCGACCCAACGGCUGGAGAUGAAGUUCGGCACGGUGAGUGCGGUGGCGCUGGCGGCGCUGGUGAUGGCGAGCCUCUUGCCGGGCCCGGCGUUGGCGCAGGGCGACCCCUUCACGUCAGACGAGUACUGGAACAUCGGGCAGGAGGGCGAGCCGGAGCCGCGAUCGUCACAGGGGCGUGACCCCUGGGCGACCUCGGGGGAGAGCGGCCCGACCCCCGAGCCUCCGCCGGAGAGCGUCCUGCCCACCAUUCCACCCGUCGCCACGCUCUCGCCACCGCCGCUGCACUUGUGGUUCGAGAGCGGCGAGGACGACAGUGCCGCGUACCUGGAGGACGCCGAGGCCAUGCUCGGGGCCUCGCACGAUCUGUGCCGCGCGACCCCGAUGGACCUGGUGUUCGUGCUGGACGGCUCGCGCAGCGUGCUCGCGCACAACUUCGUCAAGGUGAAGCACUUCGUCAACGCCCUCGUCGACUCGUUCAGCGUGGGGCCCAGCGCGACCCGCGUCGCCGUCGUGCAGUACAGCAGCCGCGUGCGCACCGAGUUCACGCUGGGCGAGUACGACUCCAAGGAGGCUGUCAAGGCGGCCGUGAUGCGCAUGAGCUACAUGGAGGAGGGCACCGUGACGGGCAAGGCGCUGAGCCACAUGACCGAGAAGAGCUUCAGCCCCGAGGAGGGGGCGCGACCCAAGGGCCUCGGCGUGCGCCGCGUGGCCAUCGUCAUGACGGACGGCCGCUCCGCCGAUGACGUCAAGGACUCGGCGCGUGCGGCGCACGAGGACGGCAUCCUGGUGUUCGCCCUUGGCGUCACGGACAGCGUGGACGUGUCGGAGCUGGACGCGAUCGCGUCGAAGCCGUCCAGCGCCUACAUGCACCACGUGGACGACUUCGACCUGCUCUCCAAGCUGCACGUGCAGAUCGUGCGCAAGAUCUGCGAGGGCCUCUCGUGCCUGGGUGCGACGGGACGCGACGGCGUGCCCGGGACCGACCUGGUGAAGGAGUUCGGUCUGGCGACGGCUCCUGGAGUGACGUCGGUGGAAGGAAGCUCCUCGGAUCAUCCCGCGUUCCACCUCGACGCUUCCGCCAGCCUCAUCAAGGACACCGUGUCCCUCCACCCGUUCGGGCUGCCCAACGAGUUCGCCCUGGUGGCCACGCUGCGUCUGCCCAUCGCGAUCAACUCGGAGGCGCCCUGGAGCCUGUGGUCGGCGCGUUCGCCCGACGGCGAGGAGCAGGCCUCGCUGCUCGUCGACGGCCCCUCGCGUUCCGUCGAGUUCUCGUCGCGCCGCUCGGGGAGGCACACCUUCGGCCAGCUGGACGCGCUCUUCGACGGCGAGUGGCACAAGCUGGCGCUGUCGUCGCGCCACGGCCGGGUGGCGCUGCUCGUGGACUGCCGCGCCGCCGGCGCGUCCGACGUGUCCGAAGCAAGGGACGAGGCGGUCGUUGAAGGCGGCACCACCGUCGUUGCGCGCCGGGCUGACGGGUCGACCGUUCCGAUCGACGUGCAGCAGCUGCAGGUGUACUGCGAUCCCGAGAGGGCCUCGCUGGAGGUCUGCUGCGAGCUGCCGAACGUGAUUGACACCAGGUGCGCCCCGCGGGUCCUCGUGGUUCCGACGCCACCGCCGCUCCCGUCGCCGCAGCCCGCGCCGGCAGCCGAGCCUUGCACGUGCCGGAUCGGACGCCUUGGACAGCCUGGGUUUCCUGGGACAAAGGGUCCAAAAGGCAACAAGGGAGAAUCUGGAUUCCCCGGGAAGCAAGGUCGAGCGGGAUACCGAGGCUUUAAAGGAGCCCGGGGGAGAACCGGGGACGGUGGCCUCACGGCUGCAUUGCUCAUGCACACACUGUAA